GCUCGACGCGCAGCGAUGGAGGCGGGCGGCAGCAGGGAGCGCGAGGCCAGGAAUUAUUUGGAAAAACAUCAUAUUAUGGAGUUGCUGAACUAUCUCACCAGCUCUCUCCUCUUUUUCCGGCCGGACAAACCAAGAGAGUAUUUAAUAUCUAUAUUGGAAAAACUGAGAAUUGCCAAAAUAACAGGUGUGGCUUUUCCUUUCUUCAUGGAUCACUCUAACAUCGUGGCUAUGUUUGAGAUGAUAGACUCCUCCAGUAAAGGCACCAUAUCAUUUGUGCAGUACAAAGAAGCCCUAAAAACCCUGGGUCUGUGUACUGCAGAUGAAGUUUUAAAAGAUGAUGGGCAUGGAAUAACUUUGGAUAAAUUCAGGCAUGAAGUGAACAAGAGGACUCAGGAAAUAUGGUCAUCAUUUUAAUAACACCAUAAGUCCACGUAAUAAAUGAUUCUAUGAAGU